AAUUGCGCCGACAUUAAAACGUAACCGCCCCCUGGCUGAUAAACAACAAAGAUGGAGUUUGGAAGUAGGAGCUACGCAGACACUAAUUUGGGAGUGUUAGCUUUGAUUUGAGGAGUCUAACUAAUACAUGAGACGUACUGCAGUGAAAUCCCAACUGGUUUAUCAUCGAAGUUUGACCUGAGAAGAUUUCUGAAAGCUAAACAAGUUAGCAUCCGAGCUUAGCAGCUAGCUCCUUGACACCCUAACCUCAGCCAAAGCUAGCGGACACGCGAAGACAGACAUGGAGAAGAGGAACUUCCUGAAGGGGCUGCCUGUCUACAACAAAAACAGCUUCACCAGGUUCCAUGCAGACUCUGUCUGUAAAGCAUCAAACCGUCGACCAUCCGUCUAUAUUCCGACUCGAGAGUAUCCGUCUGAACAGAUCAUCGUGACAGAGAAGGCAAACAUCCUGCUGCGGUAUCUGCAUCAGCAGUUGGAUAAAAAGGUAAAAGUUUUCAAAACGAAGGAAAUACUACGGAGCCCCCUAGGGGACAUGGGGAAAAAAAAAUUUCUUUUGCGUUCCCAC